GUUUACCGUGUCCAUUGGCUUAGGACACUGGCACUGCGUGAUCGUUGGGCAGAGGAGCUGCUGCUGGUCGGUCGGGAAAUGACAUGGACGGUUGAAUUUUUUCUUCAUAAAUCUCAACAAUGGGUAGGCCGAAUGCAGGAGGCCGAUGUACAGUGCACAGUCGGGCACCAGUGCUAUGCUGCCCACCAGGCUCAAAUGUAUCUCCGACUCUCACAACAUGCACAGGACAGCUUUGAAUGA